AAUCAAACCAGUUUAAAACGGGUCCACAGAACUUUGUUAGAAAAUAUGACAAUGUCCCUAAAGAUCCAGUGUGUUGCUGAAUGAUUGCCUUGUCAGUCAAUUCAUAAGGAAGGAGAAGAAGAUGGAAGAUCAGGAGAUCUUUACGGAGAGCCAUGCAAAGUCUAUUCUCUCUACUAUGAAUACACUAAGGAAAGAUGGCACAUUAUGUGACGUGACCUUGAAGGUUCAAGGUCAGACUUUCAUGGCCCACAGAAUUGUUUUGGCAGCAUGUAGUGACUACUUCUGUGCAAUGUUUACAAAUGAGAUGAGUGAGAAGUGUCAAUCUGUGAUUGAGUUACACGAGGUGUCGGCCAGUAUUAUGGAUGUCCUGCUGGACUUUGUGUACACAGAGACAGUCAACGUUAGUGUGGAGAAUGUCCAGGAACUCCUGCCAGCAGCCUGUCUGCUCCAGCUCACUGGUGUGAAAAAUGCUUGUUGUUCUUUCCUGGAGAAGCAGUUGGACAGCAGCAACUGUCUGGGGAUUAAGAUUUUUGCUGAGCAGCAUUCCUGUCAGGAACUCUUCAAUGCAGCAGAAGUCUUUGGUCUGAAGCACUUUGAGGACGUGGUGAUACAGGAAGAGUUCAUGACCCUUACCAUCCACCAGGUGGAGUCACUGUUUACCUGUAAUGAAAUCCAGGUUAACUCUGAGGAGCCUGUCUAUGAAGCUGUCAUUAACUGGGUCAAAUAUGAUCCAGAAAAGAGAAAGAACCAGUUGCCACGGUUACUACAACACGUCCGCCUUCCAUUGCUGUCUGCCAAGUUUAUCACUGAUGUAUUGGAUGAAGAGCCCCUGAUCAGACAGAACCAUGCCUGUAGAGACCUUGUAGACGAAGCCAAGAAGUUCCACCUCCGACCAGAUCUACGUACUGAAAUGAAUGGUCCAAGAAUGGCACCCAGAGUCGGUACAGAUGACAUCCUUGUGGUUCUGGGAGGGUUUGGAUCUCAUCAGAAUAUGGUGGAAGUGGUGGAAAAGUACGACCCGAAACACCAGACAUGGAGUAGACUACCGAAUUUGUCCAAACGCCGCCGCUAUGUUGCUUCUGCCUCAGUGGAUGGUAGGGUGUAUGUGAUUGGUGGAUAUGAUGGCCAAUCAAGACUGUGUACAGUGGAGUGUUUAGAUCUGUCUACUGAGGAACCCUCCUGGCAACAAGUUACUCCAAUGUCACAAAGGAGGGGGUUAGCUGGGGUCUGUGUAUAUAAAGGUGAGAUUUACGUCUGUGGAGGAUUUGAUGGUUACAGUAGACACACCAGUAUGGAGCGGUACAACCCCGGGGAUGAUCACUGGACCAUGCUCAGUGGGAUGGCUGUGGGAAGGGAGGGGGCAGGGCUUGUAGUGGCUGGGGACAAGAUCUACUGCAUCGGAGGGUACGAUGGAAUUAAUCUCCUCGACUCUGCUGAGCGAUAUUGUCCACUUACUGAACAGUGGGAAACCAUAGCUCCAAUGACAACUAGGAGAUCAGGAGCUGGUGUGGCAGUGACCAAUGACCUAAUUUAUGUGUGUGGUGGCUAUGAUGGCACAGAUCACUUGGCCAGUGUGGAGUGUUUCAACAUCCACACCCAACACUGGACCCACCUACAAAGUAUGGUGGUACCGCGGUGCUAUGUUGGGGCAUGUGUACUCAGGGGGUACCUCUAUGUGGUGGCUGGGUAUGAUGGAAACACACUUUUAAACACCAUAGAAAAGUUUGAUCCCACAACAGGAAACUGGGAAAUCCUGGAGAGUGCCAUGUCGGCCCACCGAUGUGAUGCAGGGGUGACAGUGGUCAGAAGAUAACAGUGAGGAGGACUAGGGAUGACCUUCAGCAGGGCAAACAAGACAGGGAUUGGUGUCUUCUGUAAUAUCACUUAGUUGUUGUCUGCCCCAAUCAUUCUACUGCAUACUUGUAAAGCUUGUGUUUACAACAAUCAAGACAUGCUACUGUCCAUUGAUUCCAGUGAAUAAUGGAGUUUAUGUCAGUUUUGAUUGUAACCUGAUUUUUUUCAUUGCAAAGUUCAGCUUCUUCAAGUCGAGUGAAAACAAUAACCCCAGGGUCAAGGGUCAGAGACAAGUGAAUCAUGUUGACUAUAAAGGUUAGUUAGGAUUCAUUGCAGAGAAGAUAUUGUUGAAAGGUUAUACAGAGACAGUGCAAUAUAUAUACAUGUAUUACAUGUACUUAUAAUUGAGUAGAUCUACAUCAUGGACUCUGUAGUUCUGUGCUCAGUGUAUCUUGUUUUUAUCAAUGUUAUACAUGUAUUUUAAAUCCAGGUGCUGUGAUAUGGAAAGCUCUCUUUUGUUCAUCAUUUUUGAUGUUACAUGCUCUGAUUUGACAUAAAAUGUUUUGCACUUCUA